CUUAGCAACGGGGAAAAUAUGGCAACGAUGUCUGAAAGACAGAGUUAUGAGACACUUAGCUAUUUCUGUCAAUGGCGGACAAAUGAAUUCAUUACUUUUACCUCCUAAAUAAAUAUAUGGGGUACAAGAUCGCAAACAUACCGUGAAGUAGACGAAAAGAACCAUUCAGUACUGAAGUAUUUUCAGUAAAAGGUAUAAACUACUUAUGUCGCUUUUUGUGACUAUGUUUUGUUUUUUCUUGCAUUGUUAGUAAUCGCUACAUUUCUCGAUGAAUGAUUCUAAAUAUUUACGGUGUCGUAUGAAGCUCCUAUGAAGCGUCAACGACUGACGUCACUGUAAUUAGCUGACCAAUUAGAUGUCCAUAUUGACCGUGAGUUAAGAUUUGUGAUUCGCACUUGGACAGGAAAUCCCCCGGCACUAACCACCUUUAUUAAACGAACGGACGUACAUGCUAAACAGAACACAGUCUGAUUGCUUCCAGUUAUUAACUGAAUAACAUGUCCGGAUUUGAUCAUAAGUUAUAUUUCCGCGUCGCUUUGCUUGCUUUGAUUUUUCUCUUGGCCUCAGGAAUAUGUGUUGAUUUGGAUCUUGGAGUGGGAAAUGGAACAAUUCCUGACAAUGAAAUAACUGCUUCUUCAGAGCAAAGUGCCAACACACCAGCCAAGAAUGGUCGACUGAACUACUCAUCAGGAUCAUCAUGGUGUGCAGGAACAAGUGACACCAACCCAUAUCUACAAAUUGACCUACAGACACUUCAUAUCAUCUGCGCUGUGUCCACUCAAGGGAAUUCUCAAGGAGAUCAUUGGGUGAAGAACUACAAACUACAAUUAUCAAAAGAUGGUGAGAAUUGGACGGACUAUAAGGAAGGCGGAAAAGUUAAGGUUUUACAAGGAAAUAAUGAUGGAAACUCAAGUGUUAAGCAUGUUGUUUAUGGAGUGUUAUCAAGAUAUUUGCGUUUCCUGCCACAAAAUCACCAGGGCAGGGUGUGUAUGAGAACAGAGGUGUUUGGAGCGAAACAAAAACCAAGUGAGUAUGGAAGUAAUCCGUAAUGAUGCAUGUAUAUUAUCAGACAUCCCCUUAAAUUGAAGGCCAGUCUAAGGUACUCUGCUUAUCUUGAAACAAGUUUUUAAAAUCCGCUGGCUGUGUUAUUUUGGUGACAUGUUCUUGUAACUUGGAUUCAAGUGGCUAAAAUAAGACACACCUCUGUUCAUGAACUUAUCAAAAACACCAAGCUGCUCAUGAAAACCUUUUAUACUUAGGCUCAAUGUUGAAUUCUGUGUCUAUACUCACCUGGGAAACUUGAUUCGCGUAGAAGGAAAAUAGUUGAUACGAGAUUUCACUGAGUUUAAAUCUAUUGUUAGUGCUCAAACUCCAUUUUGAACUUAAAACUUAAAUCUUAGUUUGCAUCUUGAAUUAACUUUUGGUUUUAGUGUUUGACAGUAUGUUGGUUUUUCUAUGUAAGGUACAUAUAGCAUCUUCCUUGCUUGUGCCAUUGCAUUGUCUUGCAUUGUGGUUGUGUUGCUCAUUAUUAUUUGUGGACUGAUAUUGCAUC